AUGUCGAAGUUCAAGAACUCAACACUUGCAGGACUGAUAGGAUCAGACUCAGAGGAUGACCACUUGGUAGAGCGCACAAUGUCGAAACAACAAUCGAAGGAUAAUACAGCUGCGAAGAAAGUACGAGGGAGGCCUAAGACUGCUCCAUCAAAAGUUACAAAAAAAAAAUCUCCGGCGCGUCGCGCGAGUGGAAGAAUCAAUGGGAAGCCAACACCAGAAUCAUCCCCCCCGGCGAAAAGAGGAAGAAAGAAUGUUCAGGCGGCCAAAAUUAAUCGACAGAAAGACAAUGGGAAGGAGGCAGAGCAAAUUGAUGAGACAGAAGACGUCACCAUGGAGGAUGUAGUCUCGGGUGAUGAACUAGAUGGUGAGGUUACUGCGCCAAAGGAAGUUGAAGCAAAAGAUACGAAAAAAUCUACUGCGCCUCGAGGUAGAGCCACUAAAACGGUGGUUCCCGAACCAGAAAUCGCAGAAGAAAUCGUAGUACCCGUGGGCAAAAAGGGUAGGCCUGGAAGAAAGGGCAAAGCAAAGGUACAAGAGGAGCCUGUUGUAGAACAAGGGUCACCUGAAAAGGUUAUUCAGGAAACACAAGCACCAGAAACGGAAGUGGAAAUGGAUGAAGAUAUCGAAGAAUUGGAACAAGAAGAUAGCAUACCUGAGGUGAAAAGGAAAGGAUCUCGCCCGCAAAACGACUCACGGCGACGACAGAUGUCCGUUUCGCGGCAUCGAGCUGGCAGUGCUUCAGAUACAGAGAGGAAUGAGCCAGCUGUCAGACGCAGGCUUGGCGAACUUUCAAAGAAACUUGAGCAUGUGGAGGUAAAAUACCAAGAUCUUCGAGAGGUCGGGGUCAAGGAAGCAGAGAAAACUUUUGAUCGAUACAAAAAGGCAGCGGAGGAAAAAACAAAGGCAUCGAAUGAGCUUAUCGCUUCUUUAAAAGCCAAUCUAGCAACUCAAACUUCUUUAGCAAAAGAAACUCGAAGUCUCAAGAAAACAAUCGAAUCGCAAGACGCAUUAGCUACGAAUUUACAAGCUCAGAUCCAUCAAUUAGAAUUGGCAUUAUCAGAAGCACAGGUGGAAAACAAGACAUUGUCUACCAAGCUUGCAGCCAAUCGUAAAAUUACAGCAUCAUACGAAAGCGCAAAUAACAAGGUUCCAGGCAGUGCUAUCAAGGCCAAUGGUGGUAUGCGUAUUAUUGGAAGUCAAGAAGCAGCUCAAGCCGCUCAGGCCGCUCAAUUGAAAGAAGAUCUAUACAGUGAUUUGACCGGACUAAUUAUACGUGGUGUCAAACGAGAAACCGAAGAAGAUGUCUUUGAUUGUAUUCAGACAGGUCGUAAUGGUACUCUUCACUUCAAAUUAGGUGUUGAGAGCGAGAAAAUGGCAGACGGUGAUCCAGAUUGUCGAUAUACGCCACUUUUGGAUCCAAGCAGAGAUAAACCCUUAUUGGAUUUAUUACCAGACUAUCUUGUAGAUGAGAUAGAAUUUCCAAGACCACAAGCUGCUAGAUUUUACGCACGAAUCACGAGAGCACUUACGGAGAAACCUGCAAGUAUGGGUGGACCUGUUGAAGAAAGUGAUGAGUAG